UUGCACUUUCUCACUCUUCAGCCCAGUCCUGUAGAGAGGCAGAAGAUGCACUGUGUUGUGGUCAGAUGAACUCUCGCUUUUGCACUUUCUCACUCUUCAGCCCAGUCCUGUAGAGAGGCAGAAGAUGCACUGUGUUGUGGUCAGAUGAACUCUCGCUUUUGCACUUUCUCACUCUUCAGCCCAGUCCUGUAGAGAGGCAGAAGAUGCACUGUGUUGUGGUCAGAUGAACUCUCGCUGUAGACUUGUAGGCCCCUCUGAUGGGGCCAUAACAUAGGUUCAGGGUCUUGUUGAGGUGUGUUGGGAAGGUGACAUAUUAAUCUGUGUUAUUCUGAGUUUUCUUCAUGUUACAGCGAUUUAAAAUGUCCUAAAAUAAUAUUGGGGGCAUCAGGAGACAGAGGUUGCAUUUUGUGUCACAGUAUAAAUAAGAUUAGCAGCAUUCUUCGCAUUGGCAUUACGGUGAAUGUAAACAACCAUUAUAAAUAUUUGGGGAAACUCUCUUGGGAGAUAGAAAGGUGACAGCAGCUCAAUAUCAGGUAGACAUAGUCUCGUAGGACAGUUACAUUGUUGCAUCAUCGGUGAUCUAUGCACAAGCAGACUCUGCCCCCGUGAUUUCCCAGUCGACCUGCUGUCCCCAUCCAGUCGGAACAGACACCCGAAUCAUUUGAUCUCCAAAGACGAGUCAGUCAGCCAAGACUCAUUAAAAGCCAUAAAACAGGUGCCUCUGCACUCCUGAAGAUGAUUGACCUUUGCCUGCAACUCGUCUGUUUUAUUCCUCAAGGAUUGCACAUUCGCCAGGAUAAUAUAAGAGCAUUAAAUCUAUUCAUCGAUUGCCAACACUUUCAUGUGUUUCAGAAGAGAGUCCACAGACUUGUUAAGGGGUUUAUCCACUGAAGCCGGGCCAUUGCAGCAGGAACUCCAGUGAGUAUCGUUUUGUUUGUUUUGGGAGUGGCAAGAGUUCCCGAAGGCCAAUGGAGAGAUUCAGUAACGUUAUAAUCAACCAAACGAGUGAAAAAAGGUAUCUCCGUUUUACGAAUGAUCUCAAACAUUUAGAACAUUUGCCACAUCUAACUGGACAAAAACAGACUUACUUGGGACUUUACAAACAACAUUGUAACAGAAAGUGUAACACAAACACCUGCUAUCUGGAGCCGCAGCUUUGAAUGCCUGAUUUGAUUGUUUGAAUGAGAAUGACGCUAUGUGAUUGGAUACUUCGGGCUUACGGACACGCCUAGGCGCAUUCCCAUAGUGAGACAUCGAAACAGGUGGUGAUGUGGAGGAGCUGAGGUCUACGAUGGCUGGCCUGGACCUACACCUGCACGUGCUGAUACCCCCAUUUCAACGUUGUCAUCGUUACCUCCCAACCCAGCAACCAAACCCCAGGAUCUGACCCUGUCUCCCCCUCACCUCCCCUGGGCUUCCUCCAGCCAGACCUCCUGGCUCUACCCUGGGCCCAUCAUGGGAGGAUGCCUCUCCAAAAGCAAACCAGUUGAGGUGAAAGUGGAGCUUACCCUCUUGGAGAAAGACAAGGAAGCAGAUGUGAUGUCACCCAAUGGAAAGGCAAGCCCCUUCUCUGACUGCAGGCCAAACGGAGCGCUGGGACACUGCUCCGACGAGGACGCCGCUGCCGCACCCCUUAGGCUCUACAAACCCCGCGACUACGUGGAGGCCUCAGUGUGUCAUGUCAAGGACAUGGAAAAUGGACAGAUGCGAGAGGUUGAUUUGGGAAGUGGCAGAGCGCUGCUCAUCAAAGAACAUGGAGAGUUUUCUGCCAUUGGGCACAAGUGUCCACAUUAUGGGGCACCGCUGGUCAAAGGUGUCUUGUCUAAAGGGCACGUGCGUUGCCCCUGGCACGGAGCUUGUUUCAACAUCGCUACAGGAGACAUUGAGGACUUUCCUGGGCUGGACAGCCUGCCCACCUUCCAGGUCCGAGUUGAAAAGGACAAGGUGAUAAUUCGCGCUAAUAAACAGGAUCUUCAGUCACAGAAGAGGUCAAAGGCCAUGGCCCGAUGUUCAGCAGUCAUUAACUCCAGCACUGGCUUCAGCCACAUCCUCAUCGUUGGAUCAGGUCCAGCAGGGCUGGUGUGCGCUGAGACGUUGAGACAGGAGGGCUUCACCGAUCGCAUUGUCAUGUGCACCAUGGACAAAUACCCACCCUACGACAGGCCUAAACUGAGUAAGUCCUUAGAGAGCACAGCAGAGCAGCUCCGGCUGCGCUCCAUAGACUUCCUCCAAGCCCAUGACAUCGAGCUUCUCACGGAGAAGGAGGCUGUGGCAGUGGACGUCAAGAUGAAGGCUGUUACUUUUCAAGACGGCUCUAGGAUGGAAUACAGGAGGCUUUUCAUUGCCACGGGAAGCAAACCCAAGCCAUUGAACUAUAAAGGCCAGGACGUUAGGAAUGUGUUUCACCUCAGGACCCCUGAAGAUGCUAAUAACGUAGCCAGGUUGGCCAACAACAAGAAUGCUGUGAUUGUGGGAACAUCCUUUGUUGGUAUGGAGGUGGCUGCCGCUCUCACUGACAAGGCCCACUCUGUCUCCAUCAUUGGGAUAGAAGCAGUCCCUUUCCGGAAAGCUCUGGGAGAGAAAGUAGGGAAAGCCAUAAUGAAGCUGUUUGAGACGAACAGGGUGAAGUUCUACAUGUUGAAUGAAGUGUCGGAGAUGGUUGGCCAUCAUGGACAGUUGAAAGAGGUGGUUCUGAAGAGUGGGAAAGUACUAAGGGCGGACGUGUGUAUUAUUGGCACAGGGUCAGGCCCAGCCACUGGAUUCCUGAAACAGAGCGGAGUUCACAUGGACUCCAAGGGUUUCGUCCCCGUCAACAAGACAAUGCAGACUAACAUUGAUGGUGUCUAUGCCGGAGGAGACAUUGUGACAUUUCCUUUUCCGGGGCGGAGCAAUAAGAAGGUGAACAUCCCACACUGGCAAAUGGCCCAUGUGCACGGGAGAGUGGCUGCGCUCGGCAUGAUGGGAAGACCCACUGAGAUCAAAACUGUGCCCUAUUUCUGGUCAGCCAUGUUUGGGAAAAGCCUACGCUACGCAGGUUACGGGGAGGGCUUUGACGAUGUCGUCAUCCAAGGGGACGUGGACGAACUAAAGUUUGUGGCCUUUUACACCAGGAGUGAGGAAGUGGUUGCUGUUGCCAGCAUGAACUAUGACCCCAUUGUAUCCCGUGUGGCAGAGGUCUUAGGGUCCGGAAAGACGAUUAGAAAGCGAGAUGUGGAGACAGGGGACAUGUCUUGGUUGAUAGACAAAGGGUCGCAGUGAGCGAACCUCCAUGUCUCAGGCUCUCCGUGCGUCUGGGUUCUGUUGGACACUAGAACAUGGACACGUUUGGUGCUGGUGAGAUGCCGUGCAGCCAUACUGUGGACAUACAGCAGCAGACCCCUGUCUGGGACUGUUGGAGUCACUCCCCUUGGAAUCGAGACUGAGAUGGUUCGACAGAGAACGUCUACGGUGAUGGAUUACAUACUGUAUUCUUACCAAUAACCUGAGCCAUACACGGUUUUAACACGCUUCAAUGCCGUAAUGGCAGAACUGUGUGCUCAUGGCUAUGUUCUGCGAUUUCACAGUUAAAGCAAUCCUGGAUGCAGUCUCUGUGCUUCUGCAUGAUGCAUCUACCUGUACACUUUGUUUAUAAAGGGCCGGAGAGGGGUAUUGCAUUUUUUUGUAUAUGCAACUUUGUAUAUAGUUCUAAUCCUCAAUACACUGUAACAAAACCGGGCUGUACAAUUUUAAACUGGAGUUUUCUAAGGUUGAGAUCAAACUAAUUUAGUUGAGUAUGCUCAUGUGGGCUAAAACUGACCAGGUACAGUAUCUGGUAGUUGAAAUAAUAGGAUUUGUUAUAGAUUGUCCAGCCCCAAUUUAUAGAAGCAAAGACAUUGUUACCUAUCGAAGCCACACAAAAACGACGCUUAGAUUUGCCAGCGUUGCAAUUAGACCUUCAACUGCAAUGUUUGCCUCAACCAUAAAUUGCACAUAAUGCACAUAAUCCGUAGUUGCAGUAAUUGAAUGUCCCUUUCCCCACCUGACGCGUACGCACACGCACACAUGAAAUCCUCACAAUAUGAUUACAAAUCAUUUUUUUAUGGAAUACAAUGCAUCCCUUCUUAUUGGUGGUGACAUUUGUUGCCUUGCUCAUACAGAUGCAGGAUCUUAAUUUGAUACAUUUUUAGUUAAGGCAAAUCAUGUCUGAAACGUUUAAGUGGAAAUGUCAAACUUUUAGAAGCCUUUAAAAAAAAUGGAAUACACUAGCUACAAGUUUGCAUUUCCUGCAUCGGGGUGAUCAAAUUAAGAUACUACAUCUGUGGAUUGCACAAACGAGAAAUUGAAAUGUACUUUAAUCUAUGUUAAUGCUUGCGCAAUAGAAAAGGUAUGUCUGUGCUUUCUAACAGAACUUAAAUGACUGUGGUUCUUUUUAGAUAUGGUCAUGUAAUAUUUGCUGAAGGCUAUGAAUGCUCUUUGUUACUAACUCAGGGAACUGAAGUUUGAGGCCUGGUCACAUUGGGGUUGGUCCUGUUGCAAAAAAAAAUAUAUUAACUUGUUGCUUUUAUUUUCUUACCAUAUAUUGGUUCUGUAUUUUGAAGAGGUCUUGUUUAUCAUUUCCUCAGAUAUGUAGAGGAAGAAGUAUUUCCAUCUCCAUUUUGGCAUGUUGAAGAUUCCAAAAUACUUCAUCCCUGAGGUGAAAAACAAGACCACAUUUUAAAAGACAUUCUUCAUACAGAGAAUCUUAAAUGGUAGUUUUUUUUUUAAAAAAUGGAAACUUUGAAAUAAAAGUAUUCAAUAAUGUUUCCUGUUCUGCUAUCAGUAUGUAUUGGCAUUAAAGCUAUAUUAUAUUUUAUUAAAGACAAUGACACAAAGCCUUU